ACAUUCCCUCGUAGAAUUCUUGCAGCUAUAUAUCAUGUGCCAUUGCCCAAUCCAUUUCUCAUGCAUUCUCCUUUGAAAUCCUUUCUCUGCAUGUGAGCCAACCAUUAAUUCUCCCAAACAACAAGAGCAUUUCCUCUUAUUCCUUCUACUGUAGUACUGUUUGUGUUUCUUUUUUCUCAAAUUAAAUUAUGCCUUUUGAGCAAGAUAUCAAUGGAGUUGCAGCUAAUGCUUUAGUCCGUAAUAGAACCCAUAAUAUUUCUCUGCCGGUCGAGCCACCUGGCUCAACCGGCAAUGUAAGCUCAAGUCCAGUUGAUCAAAUACAAGAACAAAAUCAUGCUAAUACCGUUAGAAUUUCUGUUUUACGCGAAUCAUUACGGCCUAUCACUCUUAAGUUUGAAGAUGUAUCAUACGCAAUUGAGUUACGAGAAAAUAGAGGAAACUGUUUUUCUUCACCUCAACCCAAGGUAAAACGUAAUAUACUCGAUGGUGUUAGUGGUGUUGUUAGACCUGGUGAACUUCUGGCCAUGCUCGGCCCAUCAGGGAGUGGCAAAACCACUCUUCUAACAGCACUAUCCAGUCGGUUACCAGGAAAGAUCUCCGGUUCGAUUACCUACAAUGGACACCCUUUUUCAAGCUCAACCAAGCGCAAAACCGGGUUCGUUACACAAGAUGAUGUGCUAUAUCCCCACCUGACGGUUCUUGAAACCCUAACAUAUGCUUCUUUGUUGAGACUACCAAAUAAGCUCACUAGACAAGAGAAAAUUGAACAUGCUGAAUUAACUAUCAUGGAGCUAGGAUUAACAACUUGUAGAAAUAGCAUGAUUGGUGGGCCUCUAUUUAGGGGAAUAUCAGGUGGGGAGAGAAAAAGGGUCAGUAUUGGGCAAGAAAUGCUAGUGAACCCAAGUCUUUUGUUGUUGGAUGAGCCCACCUCCGGCCUGGACUCCACCACGGCACAGAGGAUUAUGGCCACACUCAGGAAGCUGGCCUGCAGUGGUCGGACGGUUAUAACGACCAUUCACCAGCCGUCUAGUAGUUUGUACAUGAUGUUUGAUAAGAUAUUAGUAUUAUCAGAAGGAUGUCCAAUUUACAGUGGCAGUGCCAAUAAAGUGAUGGACUAUUUUGCUUCCAUUGGUUACAAGCCCGGUUUUCAUUUCAUGAAUCCUGCAGAUUUUCUUCUGGAUCUUGCUAAUGGUGUUAAUCCUGAGGCAAGGCAGGAUGAUCAAAUGGAGUUUCAUGGAAGCCAAAAUGAGCAUAAUGCAACAAAACAAUUCCUUAUAUCCUCUUACAAAAAGAACCUGCUUCCAAUUCUUAAAGAAGAAAUUCAAAGAGCAUCUCAAGAUGAAAUACAUCCUGGAAAAUCAUUACCAUCAAGAAGUUCUGAAAAUCAAUGGACAAAUAGUUGGUGGUUGCAAUUUAAGGUGUUGUUGAGCAGAGGGCUUAAGGAAAGGAGACAUGAGUCAUUUUCAGGCCUAAGAAUUUUCCAAGUGUUGUCUGUUUCAAUUGUUUCUGGACUUUUAUGGUGGCAUUCAGACACUAAUCAUAUACAAGAUCAGGUGGGAUUGCUCUUUUUCUUCUCAAUAUUCUGGGGUUUCUUCCCUCUCUUCAAUGCCGUAUUCACCUUCCCGCAAGAAAGGCCAAUGCUCACGAGAGAACUCUCCUCAGGCAUGUAUCGUCUCUCGUCCUAUUACUUGGCAAGAAUUGCAGGUGACUUGCCAAUGGAGCUCGUACUUCCCAUCAUAUUCACUACAAUUACAUACUGGAUGAGCGGCCUUAAACCAUCCCUUAUAACUUUCCUGCUAACCCUUUCCAUAGUUCUCCUCAACGUUUUAGUUUCUCAGGGCCUCGGCCUUGCUCUCGGAGCAGUUUUAAUGGACGUAAAGCAGGCGGCAACCUUAUCUUCUGUCAUGAUUCUGGUGUUUUUACUUGCUAGUGGAUAUUACGUUCAACAUAUGCCACCUUACAUUAACUGUUUAAAAUACUUUUCUUUUUCCCACUACUGUUAUAAGUUUCUUGUGGCUGUGCAGUACUCCAAAAAUGAGGUUUAUGAAUGUGGAUGGGGAGGUAAAGAAUGCAGAGUUCAAGAUUUUCCGGCCAUAAAGUAUCUUGGUAUUGAUAGUAUGGUGGUGGAUAUGGCUGCUUUGAUUGUAAUGUUGGUGGGAUAUAGGGUUUUGGCUUAUGUAGCUUUAAGGUUACGGCAACCUCACUGACCGUGAAAUAAUGUUAAAAAGUUCACAUAUUGAUUUUGUAAUUGAUUAUUUUGCCUGAAGAAAGUGAUUAAUUUGUGAUAUAAUUAAUUACUACCUACAUAGAUGUUAAAACAUUUCACUUAUUCUUUUGUAGCUUCAGCUGGAAGUUAGACCAAGCCUUCGUCCUUGUA